AUGUCCGUGGGUCAUACAUACACCCAGUUCACUUCCGUCUCCUUCCACGAAGCGCCUUGGCUCAGCCUCGAGUAUACCUCCGGCACAACGAGCGAAGAUGAUGGAAUUCCUGAUCAGAUUCCAGUGAUCUUCUGCCGACCAGCUCAAUUACCCCACGUCGUCCCCCCGGUCGCUGGGCUCAAGGAGAUGAGGGUAGUUAACCACCGAGGGGAGAUGGUGUUAGGGUAUACUUGGGUGAAUGCAUCCAGAGAGGCCGUGACUAGUUGGCAUGAUGAGGUUCCUUCCGCCGCGCUCCCUGGUGCCAAGCCUUUCCAUUCGUGGGUCCGCGCUGGACCCGAUGAACUCUUCCCCGCUGUCGAGAGAUGUCUCGACGAUCAAGAUCUUAUCGACGAAGAGCUCAUCAUCCCUGCUGGCGAAAACGGGAACAGCGUGGAAAUGACCUCUUCCCUUCAACUCAUCGAUACUGAAAUGCACGAUGUCUCUAUUCUCGAGGCCACCGAUCUGAACUCGGAGGUUUCGAGGCAAAUAAAAGGCAAGGAAAGAGAGAGGGAUGCACAGUUGGAACAAGCAAGAAGCCCAGAGCCUCCCAAAGGUUCACAACAGAAUGGGAAUUCUAAUGGCAAGGGAGUUUCUCCAACUAGAGAUACGGGUGACGCGGGACUUGUAAUCUCAGAGAAAAGCGAGAUGAAUUACCUCAAUACUGGAGAGCAGAAACUCACACCACCUGAAAGUCCGGAAUCAUCGGAUACCAUCAAAGCUAACAAUCGGGAGACAGGAAGCUAUUCUGAAAGCUCUGCUGCCAAUCAAUCCUCUCCAAGUCCUAUUCAACAUCAUCUAGAGCGUCUACAAAGUACUGGUAGCUACUAUUCUGGAACCAUAGGACUUGAGAGUCACGAGCCGGAUUUUGACAGACUUCCAACUAUGCCAGUUGGAUAUUGGAGGAAUCCGCUUGGCGAGGUACUUCCUCGACUUCAAGAUGUGGACGUACUCAGAGAGGGGAUCAAUGCUGGAUUUCCGGAGCUCCCAGUGUCCAGAGAUCCUGCAUUGUUCGAUAAUUGCUCAUCUCUGCUUCGCGGAUUCAAAGUAACAAACCUCAAACGGCCUCGUUACCCCCAAAGCACAAUGCUGUCCAAGUUGGCUUUCUGGAAGAAAUGGCAACUCCCAACCCACCGCAGAGUCCUAAUCCUACUCCUCACACCCCCAGGUAUCGUGGGAGGUUUGAUCUGCGGCUAUUUCGAGAUGAGCUGGCAGACUGUGAAAAGGGAGUGCGAUCUGUUGGAGGAGCGGCUCGAGGGGAGAAUGCUCGCGCUAGAGCAACGCCUGCAGAGAUACGAUGCGAACUUCAAGGAUGAGAAAUGA